UUGCUAUCUUCCAGGUGAUAAUAUUCUAACAGCUAUAAGCGUGGCGCGAAAAUGUAACUUGGUAACCACGUAUCAGCAAGUAUUCCAAGUUCAUGCCGAAACACCACGAGAUAAUGCUGCAAACAUUCAGCUUACGCUUGCAAAUGACGUCACCAAAACUAACUGCGUCGAAACUAAGGUGAAUAUGGAUUCAUUAUCUACAGACGUGCCGUUGGAUAUGUGUUAUGCAGUUGACGGUAAAUCAUUCGCAGUAUUGAGAGAACAUUAUCCCGAACAAUUUGAAAAGGUAGUAACUGCUACAAAGGUGUUUGCAAGAAUGUCUCCAGCGCAGAAGGACCAGUGUGUGGAAAAGUUGCAGGAGAUUGGAUUAACAGUUGGGAUGUGUGGGGAUGGAGCGAAUGACUGCGGAGCACUGAAGACUGCCCAUGUUGGGAUAUCAUUAUCGGAAGCAGAGGCAUCGGUGGCGUCCCCAUUUACUUCAAAGACUCCCGACAUAGCUUGUGUUCCAGCUAUUAUAAG